GCGACUACAAGGGACUGUCCCAUUCCAAGACAACAACCCGACUAAGAGUAUUUCUGAGGGUGCUAGCAGGCACUGUUUAUUAUGUCUCUACACAAAGUGUCGAGCACUUCGCUGAACUCCCCAUCAGCACCUGAGGCCAAACAGUCAAAACUGAAUGUUGUCAAGGAGGAGGCAAAAGGGUUUCCUGAGCUGAGGGAGAAGAAACCCAUGGUGGACCAUCUCAAACCCCUUCCUGCUGCCUUUAAGAAUGAGUUCAUUCCUGAGGAAGUGCUCCUGUCUCUGAACUCUGCAGCCAACGCUGGGCCCUGUCCUGAAAACUUAUUGCCUACUAAGAAACUUAAAGCUCCAAAGGGUGCCCUUCCACGUCUUGCAGACCAUGUCUGGCACCACCCUGUUCGAAGGCAUAAAUUCAAAUACCUGAUUGAUCAUCCUGUCUCCCUAACAGGAGCUGGAAGGGAUAUUUCUUUUCUGUAUGAUGUUAAAUAUGUUAGAGGAGAGGCCAGGGAGAAGAGACUCUGCCCGCCCGGUGCGAACAAGUCCUCUCAGCCACAGGGUAGUGCCAUGGUGCCUCAUAACCAGAAGACAUUAGCAGACACGUUGGUUCCCGAAGAAUUUCAUAUUGUGUCGAAUACAGGCGUUGUGGGACUGGAGUGUUAUGACGACAAAUACACCACUCUUCUCACAGACAGUGAGAACAGGCUGCUGCUCUUCCCAUCCAUGAAACCUAAUAAAAGAGUAGAAGUGAUCCAGCUGGGUGAGGUGAUGGAAACUAUGCUGGAGAGGGCUGGAGUAGAAAAUGAGGAGUACGUAGGACCAACCAAGAUGCACCAACUGUUGCAUGUGCUGAAGAAGGAGCAGACCAUUUACAACACAGUAUUUCAUGAACUGAUUCGACAGGUCAGUGUGGACUGUGCAGACAGAGGAGAGCUACUGUCAAAAAUCAGACAGAAAUAUACACAAAUGCUCGACCAAAUCGCCCGGCAGAUGAUUGAGUUUUACAAAGAUUUGGUGACUCAGAGGGUGAUGGACCAGCGCAUCCUAGAAGAGCUGUAUAACUUCAAGAAUGUGAUUGAGGAACUGACCAGGGAACUUUGUCUGGUUCGGGCUCAUGACAAGAAAUUAACAUCAGAAGCAGAGAAAGCUCAGAAGGAUCUGGCAGAAGCGCUUCUGGAAGCGGAAAAGAAUGCCAAAAUAGUGGAAGACUACCAUGACUUAUAUACAUUACAGAGAGGAAGGAUGGAGAACGAUAUUAAACUGCUAAUGACAGAGAGAGACAUUUGGAGCUCGGCUACAUAUGAACUGGCCCUAAAGGUAAUUGAAAGAAAUAGAGUCAUACUGGCUAAAAAACUCUACCUCAGUGAAAAAGGCUGGAAUAAAUAUGCUAAGCAUUUCAUUAUUAUGCUGUCAACUAAGGACACUGGAGACCUUGGAACGCUUCACAAAUUGACAGAAAAGUGGAAAACAUUGAUGAACAGAUUAAAGGAGGAUGUGGAGCGCACAGAGGAGUCUACAAAGGACAGAUCCCAGACCGUGAAGGAUGGCAUUCUCAAAUGGCAGCAGUUCUUCAGGGCUAACGUUGGAAAGGAGAUUGUAAUCCCUAAUAAGGGAAACCCGUUCACUGCAGCCCUUAUAGACUUCAAGGAGUACCAAAAGUUGCUGAAUGAGGAGAAAGAAAAGUUUACAGGGGAUUUUCUGUUGUCCAAAUAUGACUCUCUCAAGAUUAUUAAACACACACAGGAAAACUGGACAGACAUUGGGUUUGGGAUAUUUGGUCGCCAUAAGAAUAUGGAUGGGGAGUUGCCGCCUGAGCACCAGUACAUGGAAGAAAUUACAAAAACCAUAAGCAGUCUCUACAGAGAGUAUGAAAUAAGAAUGAAUGGUGACAACGGUAUCUCUAAAAUUCUUCCAAACUUGAUUAUUUCUCUGGACAUAUGUUCUUUGAAGUUAGAGAACCUCGUAGAGCAUUCUAGUAUGCCCCCUGAAGAGUGGCUUGAAAUUGAUGAAAAAAUCAAUGACAUGAAGUUUCAGCUGGACAUGUUGUUGAACAUUAUUGGCACUGUUCCACAGUACAUGGACAUGGACACGGGCACGUCACUCCAAGGACAUAUAUUUGGCAUGAUUCAGCAGCUGCUUUUGAAGAUAGGUAAUGAAGUCAGCAAUGGUAACAUUGAACUUCUUCGUCACGUGGAUGAACUGCACAUAGCUAUGGUUCAGUGGAUGGUAAACUUUCUGACUAUAAUGCUUCCUGACUUUACUGACCACGACACUCUCCCAAAGCUGGAUGACAACGAAGUAGAGACCGCUGAGGAACGCGAUGUAGGGGCUGCAGAAUUAGAGUUAAAUGGGAUUUUACUGGCCAAGCGGUUGGUACAGUUCUCCACAUACUUGUACAGUUCCUGCAUAAGCAUGGUGAGAGCAAUGGUUCUGAUCAGAGCUGCUCACCUGAAGAAGAACCCUGCUAAGGACCUCCAGGAGCUGGAGAAGAUGAGGAGAGAGUGUUAUGACUGGAUCAGCACAUGUUCGUACCUCCUUUCUGAUAUCAAAGGCAGGAAAAUACUGUUACUGACAUAUGAGGAGGCAGAGCAGCUCGUUGGAGAAGAGGAAGCUACAAAAAUUUAUUUUGACUCAGAAAAACCUUUUAUUGGUGAUGAUGAUGAGGAAAUUGUGGUUAAGAAAUCUGAGAGUCAAGAAGAGGAGAAUGAGGCAGCAGCAGAAGCAGCAGAAAACAUAGUAACAGAGCAGAAACCUUCGACAUCUACAGACAAUGAAAAAUCCAUUAGAUACAUUUGGAAAGAUGAAAAUAUUCAUUGCAAACCUCUGUUUGAAGAAGAGAUAUUUUCAUCCUGGAGAGAACUAGCUGUAAAAGGUGAAUUGGACCCAAAGUAUGUGGAAGCAAUGGCUGUGAUCGGACACAUGCAGGAGAAGCUGGUAGAGAUUGACAACAGAGCCAGAAAGGCAGAGGAGAAGUUUGAUGAGGCAAAUGAGAAGCUGCAUUAUACCCUCAUAAGAAACAGAGACCUGGAGAAGGAACUAGAAGAAAUGGCCAAGAAAGUCAAAAGUGACUCACGUGUAAGGGUACGAAGUGCCAAGGAGGAUGAGGAUGAGGAUGAGGAAGACGAAGACUAUGACAAAGAGGGGGGCCAAGACAAGGAAGGAAGUAGACAAGAGAAAAAGUCCUCGAAACAUGCAAAGAAAGGUGCUCACAGCAGCGCUGGCGGGUCUGCAAAGACCAUGCUGAAGAAGCUGGGUAACACACUUAUGAAUCAAGAUUCUAAAUCUCCUGCCUGUAAUUACUAUGAUGAGAUAAUCCACCUGUGUUUAGACGCCUUCUCUGCCACUGUCAUUUCCACUGUGUUCAUGCAUGUGGCCUUCUUGUGA